AGGACGGAAGGGCAGCAAAAUGCAUUGCGAGAGAUUUAUAUGCAUCUUGAGAAUACUUGGAACCACGCUGUUUGGGGUGUCGCUUCUGCUCGGAAUCUCAGCUGCUUACAUUGUGGGCUACCAGUUCAUCCAAACGGACAACUAUUAUUUCUCGUUCGGACUCUACGGUGCUAUCCUGGCAUCGCACCUCAUUAUCCAAAGCCUGUUUGCCUUUCUCGAACACCGGAAAAUGAAACGAUCUCUUGAGACGCCCAUCAAGCUGAACAAAACAGUGGCCCUUUGCAUUGCUGCCUACCAAGAGGACCCUGACUACUUAAGGAAAUGUUUACUUUCAGUGAAAAGGCUCACCUAUCCUGGAAUUAAGGUGAUCAUGGUGAUCGAUGGGAAUUCGGAAGAUGAUGUUUACAUGAUGGACAUUUUUAGUGAAAUCAUGGGCAGGGAUAGAUCUGCCACGUACAUCUGGAGGAAUAACUUUCACCAGAAAGGUCCGGAGGAGACUGAGGAGUCCCACAGAGACAGCAUGCAGCAUGUCACCCAGCUGGUCCUGUCCAACAAGAGCGUUUGCAUCAUGCAAAAAUGGGGCGGAAAAAGAGAAGUUAUGUACACGGCGUUCAAAGCGCUGGGGAGAAGCGUGGAUUAUGUGCAGGUGUGUGAUUCUGAUACAAUGCUUGAUCCAGCUUCAUCCGUGGAAAUGGUAAAAGUUUUGGAAGAAGAUCCAAUGGUUGGCGGUGUUGGAGGAGAUGUACAGAUACUGAACAAGUACGACUCGUGGAUCUCCUUUCUCAGCAGCGUUAGAUACUGGAUGGCGUUUAAUAUUGAAAGAGCAUGCCAGUCCUACUUUGGCUGCGUGCAGUGCAUCAGCGGACCUUUGGGGAUGUACAGGAACUCCUUACUCCACGAAUUUGUAGAAGAUUGGUACAAUCAGGAGUUCAUGGGAUCUCAGUGUAGCUUCGGAGACGACCGGCAUCUCACAAACAGAGUCCUGAGCCUCGGCUAUGCAACAAAAUACACAGCUCGAUCCAAGUGCCUUACGGAAACGCCGAUAGAAUAUCUCAGGUGGUUGAACCAACAGACCCGCUGGAGUAAGUCCUACUUCCGGGAGUGGCUGUACAAUGCGAUGUGGUUCCACAAGCAUCACUUGUGGAUGACUUACGAGGCGGUCAUCACGGGCUUCUUCCCAUUUUUUCUCAUUGCCACCGUCAUUCAGCUUUUCUAUCGAGGGAAGCUGUGGAACAUCCUCCUCUUCUUGCUGACCGUUCAGCUUGUGGGCCUUAUAAAGUCUUCCUUUGCCAGCUGCCUUAGAGGGAACGUGGUCAUGGUGUUCAUGUCCCUUUACUCAGUGUUGUACAUGUCCAGUUUACUUCCGGCCAAGAUGUUUGCCAUAGCCACGAUAAACAAGGCAGGGUGGGGCACGUCGGGCAGAAAAACCAUUGUGGUCAACUUCAUAGGACUCAUCCCCGUGUCCGUUUGGUUUACAAUCCUCUUAGGCGGGGUUAUUUUCACAAUCUACAAGGAAUCCAAAAAGCCAUUUUCCGAAUCGAAACAGACAGUGUUGAUCAUCGGCACAAUACUCUACGCCUGCUACUGGGUGAUGCUCUUGACUUUGUACUUAGUGCUCAUCACCAAAUGUGGCCGGCGGAAGAAAGAGCAACAGUACGACAUGGUGCUUGACGUAUGAUUCAAUGACUGUGUCUUUUUCUCCCGCCGCCUGUGGGAAGUUUUCCGAGUGA